UUGAGAAACGAAGUAAACAAUAAGAUGUACAACAAGCUAACAUUUGCCUCUUACAACAAUAAAAACCAUGGCUGAAACUCAACAAGAAACAGUUUUCAAGUCAGUACUAGAACUAGCAAAUAACAAUGAAGUUCCAGAAAAAUAUAUUUAUGCACAAGGAUCAAUCAAUACCUCUCCUCUCCUGCUGGCUGUGCCACAAGUUGAUCUUAUCCUUCUCACAUCCCCUGACAGACAACAAGAGCUCAACAAACUUCAAUCAGGUCUCAAGUCUUGUGGCUGCAUCCAGGUCAUAAAUCAUGGAAUAGAAGAUUCAUUUCUUGACAAAGUGCUCGAAAUUAGCAAACAGUUUUUUGCUCUUCCAACUGAAGAGAAGCUUAAAUAUGCCAGAACAGUUAAUCAAAUAGAAGGAUAUGGAAAUGAUAAAGUUCUUACAGAUAAUCAAAGGCUGGAUUGGUCCGAUAGAUUGUAUCUAAAUGUGUUCCCUGAAGAUAUAAGAAAACUCCAAUUCUGACCCCAAAAACCUGAAUGUUUUAGGUACAUCCUUUGCUU